GACGUGACGCAAAUGCGUUUCCGGCGGGGGUGGGCGGGGCUUCGCGUCUCCAUCUAGGGAUAUCUGCGGACCGUAUGGAAGCAAAGACUCUUGGAAUUGUAACACCCAGAAAACCUGUCUUAUCUGUCAGUGCAAGAAAAAUUAAGGACAAUGCGGCUGAUUGGCACAAUUUAAUCCUGAAGUGGGAAACCCUCAAUGAUGCAGGUUUUACCACUGCAAAUAAUAUUGCCAACUUGAAAAUCAGUUUAUCGAAUAAAAACAAGAUAGAACUAGACAGCAGCAGCCCAGCCUCGAAGGAAAAUGAAGAAAAGGUGUGUCUGGACUAUAACGAGGAACUGGAGAAGCUGUGUGAGGAACUGCAGGCCACCGUGGAUGGGUUGAUGAGGUUUCGCAUAAGCUCUUGGAGAUGUACAGGAAGGAGCUGCUCCUGAAGUGCACAGUGGCCAAGGAGCUUGCACACGCCGGGGAUCCCGACCUCACCCUGAGCUACUUGUCCAUGUGGCUGCACCAGCCCUACGUGGAGAGCGACAGCAGGCUGCAUCUGGAGAGCAUGCUGCUGGAGACAGGCCACCGAGCUCUGUGACGUCCCGAGACGGCUGCGGACACUGGCUCCUUCCACGUCUCACCAGGCAGACAGUCUGCCUAGGACCCAGUGCCGCAGGCCUGGAUCAGACCCCAGGAUCAGACCUUCUUGGGGUCUUCUGGCCAGAGUUUGUCACCAGCCCCGUGGCCUCUCCAGGCAUGCCCAUGCCCACAACGCGCAGCCAGCCCCACGUGGUGCCGCUCAGCCUUCUCUGCCCCUCCUGGGAAUCCGUCACUCAUGGGUGCUUCGGAGUAAAAUCAAUGAGUUUCUGAGCAGAAUGAGUGAGUGAUCUAGUUUCUAUAAAUUAGGCAUGCUUUACACAUUACGUUUGUGUAGAAAAUCCCUGGUUUAAUAUUUUCACUUUAUGCCUAUCUGAUUGUUGAAGUUUUUAUGAGACUAUAUUAGUUUUUGGGCCAGGUGCGGUGGCUCGCACCUGUAAUCCCAGCACUUUGGGAGGCCGAGGUGGGCGGAUCACUUGAGGUUCAGAGUUCAAGUCCAGCCUGGCCAACGUGAUGAAACCCUGUCUCUACUAAAAAUACAAAAAUCAACUGGCGUGGUGGUACGUGCCUGCAAUCCCAGCUACUCGAGAGGCUGAGGCAGGAGAAUCGCUUGAACCAGGAGGCAGAGGCUGCUGUGAGCCAUUGCACUCCAGCCUGGGCGACAGACUGGGACUUCGUCUUAAAUAAUAAGAUCCCAUGGAGUUAAAAUGAAGUUUGACAUCAUGAAAAUGAAAAUAACCUACAAAAAAGUUGCUGCUGUUUGCAUACUGGGGACGUGACAAGUGGUAUAAACUGUCUUCCCUGGCAUUCUUCUGACACAAAUCCUCGAGUUUCACAAUGUUUGCAGCCAUUUCCAGAGUUAACAUACUAGGUUAGAAUGAGGGAAAGGUGACAGUUUUGAAACAGACUGAAGAGACUGGUCAAAAGCUAGGGUGUGGGGAGAAUGUGAAGGUAUGCAAAAGCCUACUUUGUUUCUUUUUUUAAUGGAGUCUCGCUCUGUCACCAGGCUGGUGUGCAGUGGCACGAUCUCAGCUCACUGCAACCUCCGCCUCCUGGGUUCAAGUGAUUCUCAUGCCUCAGCCUCCAGAGUAGUUGGGAUUACAGGCACGCGCUGCCACGCCCAGCUAAUUUUUGUAUUUUUAGUAGAGACGGGGUUUCACCACGUUGGCCAAGAUGGUCUCCAUCUCCUGACCUCGUGAUCCACCCGCCUCGCCCUCCCAAAGUGCUGGGAUUACAGGCGUGAGCCACUGCGCCCGGCCUGCAAAAACCUACUUUAAACUCUUCUUUUUUUGUGGCAUUACUCGUUACAUGGUUUCUAUAUCUGUGUUUGCCUUUUUGUAAGUUCUCUGAUCCCAAACUGUUUAUAUUCUGUGGGACUGUGUAUAUAGUGAUACUUAAUAAAUAGCAGUUUUAGUUUUUUGGUUUUUUUAUAAGAGAUAGGCUCUUACCAUGUGGCCCAAGUAGUGUCAAACUCCUGAGGUCAAGGGAUCCUCUGUUCUCAGUCUCCUCAGAGACUACAGUCAUGCCCUGCCCAGCCCAGCAAUAAUGUUGUUGUUGUUUUUAGAUACAGGGUCUUGCUCUGUUGUCCAGGCUAGAAUGCAGUGGCGUGAUUGUAGCUCACUGUAAUCUCAACCUCAAACUCCUGUGCUCAGGUGAUCCUCCUGCCUCAGCCUCCAGAGUAGCUGGGACUGUAGGCAUGCAUAACCACGUCCGGCUAAAUUUUUUAUGUUUACUUUUUAGAGUUGGGGGUCUUGCUAUGUUGCCCUGGCUUGCCUUGAACUCCUGGCCUCAAGUGAUCCUCCUGCCUCGGCUUCCCAAAGUGCUGGGAUUAUAGGUGUGAACCACUGCACCUGGCCAAGUAUAGUUUUUAAUUGUGUCAUUUUAGUAUUUAACUAUAAAUACUAUUUAUCUAAGUUCA